AGAAAGCACUUCCUCUGUGAAAGGUCUUCAGCAUGGCGACCUCCUGCCAGAGGCUCAAUGUUGCAUAGCCGCACUGUGUACAGUAGGAUCCACUGUUGAGUGGUUUAUAUAAACGGGUGUUAAUCGAACAUACACAGGAGUAUACAAUGUUCUCGGCGGUAGUUCGGAGUCGGACUCCUGUCUCUGUGGUGCUGUCCCCAAGGUUUGGUGUUGUGCUGGAGAGUGUACGGGGCAGGAAGUCUCGCAGUGACCCGAAAGCCAAGUCCAAAGCGGGCCGGAUCAAGACCCCGCCCCCGGUGGACCCUGUGGAGAUGGUGGUGCUGAAGGAGCGCUUCACUGAAUAUAACCUCAUCAUGAGGGCGCUUAGACUACAGUUUAAAGAGGAGAUGCUGAGGAAGCGCUAUGAGGAAGAAACUGGAUCUCUGGCAGAAGAGAGAGCCAAGCAAGAGACUGAGGAACACCGCUCAUUAAUGGCCUGGAAUGAUGCAGAAAACCUUAGACUGCGAAAAAUCCGUGAGCUGCGUGUGCAGAAAGAGACUGAGGCUGCUGAACAGAAGAGUAAAGAGGCAGCGAUUUUGCAUCAACAAGAGCUUGAGAACUACAUAAAAGAAAAGGAGAAAGAAAUCCUGCGGCUACAGGAAGAGGCAAAGAACUUUAUUACACUGGAGAAUUUGGAUCAGCGCAUUGAGGAAGCAUUGGACAACCCUAAAAACUACAACUUUGCUAUAAAUAAAGAGGGACACGUGGUCAAGCGAACUCUGCAGCAAUAAGAAACAUUGAUCAAAUCGGGUUUGAAGAGACUGAACAAAUAUUCCUGUCUAUUUGUGCUAAUAAACCUGUGCGUUUGUGUUCAUUCCUAGGAUGUCACAUUUGAUGUAAAUUUAACCUGUGUUUCAUAUAAACAUGCAUUUCAUGUC